CCGCGAGAGACGGUAGCCAAGGCCUACAGCCGAAAGGCUAGGUAGCUACAUAGCAUGGAGCCCUGUCAGCGAGACGUGUCUCACUAAAAUCACCAAAAUCUGAGAUAUACUGGCAUUUUUUUUCGGUGCUGACAACAUGGAAACACAGAACUUUUCAGCAAAUGGAUGGAAAUUUGUCUCCUAAGGAAGUUGUUAUAAACAAGUCCGUUGGGAGUACAGCUUUGACUGUUCCCACUUGGAAACCGAUUUGGUGGCAUCUGGCUUGACUUUUGCUAUACUUGCAGAUUGAAGAGUGAUGCCAUCAGCAUAUGGACAAAUGAAUUUCAUCAUGGAAAAGCAGAAAUCUGUGAAUAAUGUUGCUUCGACACAAUUAAUUGGAGAAGCCAGUACUUUUAUCUGCACUGAGUGUGGCGAUGGGUUCAGCCAGUACUCUAGUUUGUUGGGACACAUGCCCAUUCAUGGACCUUUGGAGUCGUUUUCUUUUGAUGGCUCAUCCAAUGGAUUUGAAAUCCCACGAGAGUAUGUGUUACUAGAAAAUGGAACUCUGACAGCUGUGAAUGGCUCUGCUCGGCCUCAUUCACCUAUAAAACCAUCAUCUCCUGGAAUUCUGCCAUCGCAUUUUCUCUACCCUAUCAAACCAGCAUCUCCACCUCCAAUCCCAGCUCCAAAGCCACAGCCUUCCCCUCAGAAGGAAGUGUUGCGGCUAAAACCCCCAGAAAUGAACACUGACAAGCCUCGUCAGAGCUAUCACCGUUGUGAAAUUUGCAAUAGGUCAUUUAACAGCUUGCAAAGCUUACAUCGUCACCAGCAAUAUCGAAAUACAGAGAGAGGUUAUAAGUGUACAUUGUGCUGUAAGAUUUUUGAAGGUAGACAGGACCUUAAAAAACACCUCCAAGACCACACUAAUGAAAGGUUUCACUGCUGUGGUCAUUGUGGUAAGCGCUUCCUCAAAGUUGAUGCAUUGAGUACUCAUCAGAAAGAAAAACAUACCUCACCCAAAGCUACAGCUUUAGGUAAAUCUGAGAGUAAACAGGGAAAACGGUUGGAGAAAACUUACCCUUGUAAGAAGUGCAAGUUGAAUUUUUUCUGGAUGUCAGAUUAUCAGGCACAUUCACUGUACCAUUGCAAAGGAAGAGAGCCUACAGUGACUUUUUCAUCUGAAGUUGAAAUUGAGGUGAAUUCAAAGCACAGAGAGGAAAGAGCAUUUGAAAACUGCUACAAUGGCAAAUCCACUGACCUUAAGAAUGGAGAUAGCAAGAUCUUUAGUGAUACUAACGAAAAGACCGCUCUAGAUUAUUCUAUCACACCAUACAGAUGUGGUUUAUGUGGGGAUCGUUUCCAAAGAUUGACAGAUUUGAAGGAGCAUCAUCGCACACAUCAAACGCAGGAGGAAAUAGAUCAGCUUAGUCAGGAAUCACAAAAAGUCUUCAAACGAAAAUUACCUCCUAAAGGCAGGCGUAGAAGGUCAAGUAAUCCAAAUGGCAAAUUGCAUCCUUGCAAACACUGUCAUCGAGUCUUUAAUCAUUCUAGUAGUCUAUCUCGACACAUGAGGUACCACAAGGGUACCAUGCACACAUGCAUGUUUUGUGGUAGACAUUUUCCACAGCGCUGCGAUUUGAGAAGACACAUAGCCAUGUACCACAAAGCUGAAUUGGAAAAGAAACCUGGUUUGAAAAUGCUAUACUUAAAUCCACAAAAUGGUCCUGGGCUUGCUUCUAUUAAUGGGGAGAAAAUCUCAGGCUCCCCUGAUGAGAAAACCAGGAGUUCCUCUGACGGUGAACAAGAGCAGAAUCCAUUUGGCAAACCAUCUGGAAAAGCAGGACGUGUUAGUUACAAAUGUCAGGAGUGUGGGAAGAGAUUCGGGUUGUUAUGUGUCUACCAACGGCAUUUGCGCUACCACAAAAAGGAACCUACAAAGUGCCCUAGGUGUCCAGCUCAGUUCAUGAAUGCAUCAUCCCUUGACCUUCACCUUCAGAAUCACCCAAGCACUGGAGAAGCAGAUGAUGAAGGUAAAACAUGUGAUGUCAGCAGUUCUGGGGGGGAGCCUGCUCCCGAAAAGGGUAAUCAAGUGGACACUGAAGGUGAUGGUGUCGAUAAAUCUCUGAAUGAUAAAGAAAAGUCUUCAGAGGCUCUUUAUGAAUGCACUGAGUGCACUGAUACAUUCUCAUGCUUGGAGACAUUUGUGCAGCACCAGACUUCUCAUGGCACAGAAAACAAGGCGCAACUCUCCUAAUUGACCUGAAACUGUUUUUUUUCCCCCCCAGAUGUUGAGUGCUGUUGAUUGUUUUGAUUUGAAGGUUUUUUUUGUACAAACUAGUACAUAUGAAUAUAAGAUUUGUAAUUAUGUUAAUUCACUACUCUUGUACUUUUUAUUUUAUUUUAUUGCAUGAGGAAAGAAUGUUGAUGCUGGGGUACAUUAGGUGAAGGGGACUUUAAAAUGGACAAAAAGACACCACAUUCAUACAAGUUUUAGGGGACCUAUUUUUCUCUCACACGUUGGUUGAAUGUCAAAUAUAAUGCAUCGCAUUGUUUUUGUACAGUGUUUUUACAUUGUUACUUGCUGAUAUGCGAUUCUGAGAAUUUUCUUCUUCAUGUGGUCUCCUAUUUGUAUAUCUCCCUUUUGAAAAAAAGAAUCAGUGUAACUGUUAUGUUUUUUAAUUGUCCCAUUAAAAUUAUAC